UACCAACAUAAAAAUAACCUCUGCAAAAUUCUCUUCUUCCUCUCACUUGAUCCAAGCUAGUUAAGCUAAACUUUCUUCGAGUUUCACGUUAACAAAUCACAAACUACCUUUUUCCUAAGACAUAUAUGGCCCCCGAACUCGUUCCUACCGCUGCGAAACCUGGUGCUGCGUUCACGAAGCCUGCCACUCUGGCGAGACGUGCCUACGUGACGUUUCUUGCUGGAAACGGUGACUACGUGAAAGGGGUAGUUGGACUCGCCAAAGGGUUGCGACGGGUGAAGACGGCGCACCCGUUGGUGGUGGCGGUGCUCCCCGAUGUGCCGGAGGAGCACCGUAGGAUGUUGGAGUCUCAGGGCUGCAUUGUCCGUGAGAUUGAACCCGUUUAUCCACCCGAAAACCAGACCCAGUUUGCGAUGGCUUAUUACGUCAUCAACUAUUCCAAGCUCCGUAUAUGGGAGUUUGUGGAAUACAGCAAGAUGAUCUACUUAGAUGGAGACAUUCAAGUGUUUGAAAACAUAGACCACCUAUUUGAUUUGCCCGAUGGUUACUUCUACGCUGUGAUGGACUGCUUCUGCGAGAAGACGUGGAGUCACACCCCACAGUAUAAAAUCGGGUACUGCCAGCAAUGUCCAAAUAAGGCCCAGUGGCCCACCGAAAUGGGCCCACCCCCUUCUCUUUACUUCAAUGCUGGCAUGUUCGUGUUCGAGCCCAACAUCGCCACCUACCACGACCUAUUGAAGACGUUGCAAGUUACUCCUCCUACUCCUUUUGCGGAACAAGACUUCCUGAACAUGUACUUUAAGGACAUUUACAAGCCAAUCCCUUUGAACUACAACCUCGUACUUGCCAUGUUGUGGCGUCACCCCGAGAAUGUGAAGCUCGAUGAAGUUAAGGUUGUUCACUAUUGCGCCGCGGGGUCGAAGCCGUGGAGAUAUACGGGGAAGGAAGAGAAUAUGCAGAGGGAGGACAUAAAGAUGCUGGUGAAGAAAUGGUGGGAUAUCUACGAGGAUCCUUCGUUUGACUACAAGCCAUUGAGUGGAACUGAAGGUGUCGCUGAUGGUGUUGACAUUGAGCCAUUCGUCCAGGCUCUAUCAGAGGUUGGUCAGGUUCAAUAUGUCACAGCACCCUCAGCAGCUUAGGUGGAGCUGCAUCUGUUCCUCACUUUCACGUAAUGAAUGCAACCAAAUAUAUAAAAUAAAAGAAAAUGUUGUGGAAAAAAAAAGUGACCAGGGUGGAGGAGUCGGUGCAACGCAAGACUUUGCGCUCAAAACAAGGGAGGUUACUUUUUUUGUUUUUGUUUUUAUAUAUUUUCUCUAUGGGGAGGAAUCGUGGCUCAUGGUCGCUCGCAUACAUAGAAAGGAGCUCGGUUUUAUUUUUAAUUUUUUGUAUUUUUCUAAUUUUUAUUUUUUAAAUUAGCGUUUGUUAAGGUUGGUGGGUCUGUUCUAUAGAGUCUGGAUCUGGUCUUUGUAAUC